AUAUGGUAUGGUCUAAGCAAACCAACCCGGUUUUCUAAUUUUAAUAGAGAUUUGGAGACGAGCUUCUCCUUCGGUCGUCGUCACUCGUGACUCGUGGAGUGCGAAUCGCUGUACCUCCUCCUCCGCCGCCGCCUCAAAGAACAACAAUGCCUGUGAAAUGGGUUUUGUAUUGGCAACCAAACCAAGGAUCGACAGUAAGCACCCAGAUCCUCAACGAGGCGGCCCAGUGCGUGGAGAGCAUCAACGGCGUCAAAGAAGGCCGGUGGAAAGCCGCCCUCAACUACUACAAACCCAUGCUGCGCGACCAGUCCACCCACCCCGACCUCCCCCGCGAUUUCCUUGGGAUCUCCCUCGCCGACCAGCCCACCAAGUACUACUUCCUCAUCAGGUCCCAGAGGCUCGUCGUGGAGGCCGACGCCUCCAUCCAGCUCAUCAUGGAGAAGCUCCAGUCCUACAAAUCCAAAGUCUCCAUCUACUUCGACGGCUUUCAGUAUCUGCUCGGUGAUUUUCGCUUGAGGGUUGGGAGGGUCGUUCCUGUUCACUCCGAGACUAUCAGAGGCAUUGUUAUGGAGGUGGAGUAUCUUCCUAUUUCAUCGAUGGAGAAGGCGAGAAAAGUGAUGGAGGAGUUUGUAGAGAUAUGGCAUGAAGCUCUGUCUAAAACGUCCUUGUCGGGGAAGUUUGUGAACAUAGAGCUUAACUUUGGGGAGUUUGGACUUGCGGAUACCUACACUCCACAGCACACUGGUGUUCAGUACGCUAUCGUCAUGGCUCACAUGAUCGCAACGGUUCAGCCUGCAGCGAGAGGCUAAAACUAAAACACAGCAUCCUGUUGUGAUGAUGCUAGUGAGUUUCAUUGUUCGGUUUUAUGAUAUAACAUUUGAGAAUGUGUAUUGUUUAGAAGAGUUUAGUACUCAUUAUCCAUGUUCUGUGAUCUUAAUUUAUUAAGCAAAAGGACAAGCUUAAGAAAACAAA